UGCCUGGCUCUUUCAAGAUGGAGGAGAAUACUGUGGGAGAGCCUAGUCAAGUGGUGUCUAAGUCCAAACUUCCCACCAAGGUAGACAGCACUGGACACUGGCUGGUGGAAGAUCAUGCUCGAAUAUGGGAAGUUUUAAAGACAGAGGAGAGCUCGAUUCAGGACUGGGGUGAAGAGGUAGAGGAAGGAGCUGUUUACCAUGUCACCCUCAAAAGAGUCCAGAUUCAACAGGCUGCCAAUAAAGGAGCAAGAUGGCUAGGGGUUGAAGGGGACCAGCUGCCUCCAGGACAUACAGUCAGCCAGUAUGAGACCUGUAAGAUCAGGACCAUAAAAGCUGGCACCUUGGAGAAGCUUGUGGAGAACCUGCUGACAGCUUUUGGGGACAAUGACUUUACCUAUAUCAGUAUCUUCCUGUCAACGUACAGAGGUUUUGCUUCCACUAAAGAAGUGCUGGAACUGCUGCUGGACAGGUAUGGAAACCUGACGAGCCCAAACUGUGAAGACGAUGGAAACCAAACUCCAUCAGAGUCCAAGACGGUGAUUAGGAAUGCAAUCGCCUCAAUUCUGAGGGCCUGGCUUGACCAGUGCGCGGAAGACUUCCGAGAGCCCCCUCAUUUCCCUUGCUUGCAGAAACUGCUGGAUUAUCUCAAACGGAUGAUGCCGGGCUCUGACCCAGAGAGAAGAGCACAAAAUCUCCUAGAGCAGUUUCAGAAGCAAGAAGUGGAAACUGACAAUGGGCUUUCCAGCACCAUUUCCUUCAGCACGGAGGAGGAAGAGGAACCAGAGGGUGGAGGGUCAGCAGAAUUCACGUUCUUCUCAGAAGAUCUUGUGGCGGAGCAGCUGACCUAUAUGGAUGCACAACUAUUCAAGAAAGUAGUGCCUCACCACUGCCUGGGCUGCAUCUGGUCUCAAAGGGAUAAGAAGGAAAACAAACAUUUGGCUCCUACGAUCCGGGCUACCAUCUCUCAGUUUAAUACCCUCACCAAAUGCGUUGUCAGCACCAUCCUGGGGGGCAAAGAACUCAAAACUCAGCAGCGAGCCAAAAUCAUCGAGAAGUGGAUUAACAUUGCUCAUGAAUGUAGAAUCCUGAAGAAUUUUUCCUCCUUGAGGGCCAUCGUUUCCGCGCUGCAGUCUAAUUCCAUCUAUCGGUUGAAAAAGACUUGGGCUGCUGUCCCAAAGGACCGUAUGCUGAUGUUUGAAGAACUUUCAGAUAUCUUCUCAGAUCAUAAUAACCAUUUGACCAGCCGGGAACUACUGAUGAAGGAAGGAACCUCAAAGUUUGCAAACCUGGACAGCAGUGUGAAAGAAAACCAGAAGCGGACUCAGAGGCGGCUUCAGCUCCAGAAAGACAUGGGCGUGAUGCAGGGAACUGUGCCCUACCUGGGCACCUUCCUGACUGACCUGACCAUGCUUGAUACUGCUCUUCAGGACUACAUCGAGGGUGGGCUGAUAAACUUUGAGAAAAGGAGAAGGGAAUUUGAAGUGAUUGCCCAGAUAAAGCUAUUACAAUCUGCCUGCAACAGCUAUUGUAUGACGCCAGACCAAAAGUUCAUCCAGUGGUUCCAGAGGCAGCAGCUCCUAACAGAGGAGGAGAGCUACACCCUCUCGUGUGAGAUUGAAGCAGCUGCCGACACCAGCGCCACUUCGCCCAAGCCUCGGAAGAGCAUGGUGAAGAGGCUCAGCCUACUGUUUCUGGGCUCAGACAUUAUCACCAGUAGCACUCCCACCAAAGAGCAGCCCAAGUCCACUGCCAGUGGGAGCUCUGGCGAAAGCAUGGACUCCGUCAGCGUGUCAUCCUGCGAGUCGAACCACUCGGAGGCUGAGGAGGGCUCUAUCACUCCCCUGGACACACCUGAUGAGCCCCCCAAAAAGCUCUCCGAAUCCUCCUCCUCAUGUUCCUCCAUCCAUUCCAUGGACACAACUUCCUCAGGGAUGUCGUCCUUAGUCAACCCCCUCUCCUCUCCUCCGUCCUGCAACAACAACCCUAAAAUCCACAAGCGCUCCGUCUCUGUGACGUCCAUUACCUCGACAGUGCUGCCUCCUGUUUACAACCAACAGAACGAAGACACCUGCAUAAUCCGCAUCAGUAUAGAAGACAGCAACGGCAACAUGUACAAAAGCAUCAUGCUGACGAGCCAGGAUAAAACCCCUGCCGUGAUCCAGAGAGCAAUGCUGAAGCACAAUCUGGACUCGGACCCGGCCGAAGAGUACGAGCUGGUGCAGGUCAUCUCGGAGGACAAAGAGCUAGUGAUCCCAGACUCUGCAAAUGUCUUUUAUGCUAUGAACAGCCAAGUGAACUUUGACUUCAUUUUACGCAAAAAGAGCACCAUGGAGGAACAAGUGAAACUGCGUAGCCGGACCAGCUUGACAUUGCCCAGGACAGCUAAACGGGGCUGCUGGAGCAACAGGCACAGCAAAAUCACCCUCUGAAGAGAGGGACCCAAUGGCCCUUGCUUGCCAAAGUCAGAGUGGGGCUAAGAACAGGGGGUCGUGAUUGCAGCUACCAUCCAGUGUUAGAGGAUCACUGGUGAAGUCAACAGAUAUUUAUUGAGUACCUACUGUGUGUAAGGCACUAUGAUAGGCAUUGUGGGGAAAUAGGAAAUGAGUUUGCCAUGAAGAGAUUCACUGAUUCUCUUUGAUCUAUUUGAGACUGGAACACAAAAUUAUCCACAUUUAUAAAUAUAUAUGUAUAUAUAUGUAUACAUACACAUAUUUGAUAUGUGUGUGUAUAUAUACGAGGGACUUUAUGGGAUAUUCUGGACUAUGGAAAAACAAAUUUGCACAAUGGCCUGGAAAGUUUAGGUCACUUACAGGGAAAAAAAGGAACUGAGAACCUAGUCUCAUACCUUCUAAGUAAACGGAAUCAAUCCUAGGAAUGCAGAGUGUCCUUUGUGCCAGUAUUACAAGAACUCCAAGCUUUAUAAAGGGAGAGGAAUACUUUAUCAAUCAAGUGUCACCAGAAAAAAAACAACUGCAGAGGCUGGACCUGCCACGGGCUGAAUGAAAGGCCACUUUGGAAAGGGUUUGGAUGAGCCAAUGGCCUUCUCCCUCUGCCUGUGCCUGUCACGUUCUGCUACCCCAGGGAGGGCAAGGAGGAGCUUCAGGGGCCCACUCAGACCCGCCGGCGUCACAUUUCUGUUUUCCCCCUUAAAGAAUAUACCACAAUCACUAUUGCACAAAUAGCCAUGUUCUUUGGUAACUUAUCAGCCACAAUAGAAAGCGCAAAAGAAUCGUGAUGCGUUUGGACUGUCAUUUGUCUUGGAAUGCCACUACUUCAUCGCCUUGUCCGAAUGCCUUCUGCAUGUAAAACAGUAUGUCUGGAGUCUU